AUGAGUGGAAACAAAAAGACGCUUUUUGAUAUUUAUGGGGACAAUGGCCUUCCAAUUGAUUUGGUUAUUUUAAAUGUUAUAAGAAUUGUUUUUUCAACAUUUGGUAUAUUAUUUAAUGCUUCUUUAGUUUUUGUUACAGCAAAAACAAAGUUUGUAAAAUUAACUUUGGAAUAA